AUGGCUAACCCGCCAGCCCCACCACCGCCGCCGCCGCCCGGCUACUUCGAGCGGCGCGCCGCCAUCGUCGCCGCCAAGGUCGCCGCAGCCACGGCCUCCUCCGCCUCUACCUCUACUCUAGCUUUAACCCCACCAGUACCCCCUUCCAUCUCCUUCACCGACACCAUCUCCGAUAUUAGCCCCUACAUCCCCAUAACCCUAGACCUUGCUGCUCACAACUACUAUCAUUGGUGUCACCUCUUCGAUGUCCACAUUGGGCGAUGCAAUCUCCGCUCUCACGUUGCCGACGACUCUCUUCCUCAACUUCAUGAUCCGCAAUGGGUCAAGGAUGAUCUCGCCAUUAUUCAAUCGAUCUACAUGCGAGUAUCCACAGAGAUCUUCAAUCUCGUCCACUGUGACGGUGCCUCCGCCGCCGAUCUAUGGGCGGCCCUUCGUCAGCUCUUCCAGGACAACGUCGACGCUCGCGCCAACAAUCUCCACACCGAACUUUGGAAUACGGUGCAAGGUGAUUCACCAAUCGGCGUCUACUGCCAACGCCUCAAGGCGAUCGCGGAUGAACUCCGCGAACUUGGUGAUCAGAUCGACGAUCGCCAGCUCAUCAACGUCCUCCUCGUCGGCCUCAGCGAGCGGUUCGAGAAGUAG